AGUAUAUAUUAAACCAGAAUUCGAAGCUUUGCAACAAAUAAGUUAACUUUUGAAGAGCUAUUCGAACGUUAUACGUAUCUACCUUUUAACUUGCGAAAAAACCUGCAACAAAAUGAAUAAAUUCGUGAUCAGUUUACUCAUCGCCUCCUGCAUUGUGGGUGCAUUUUCAUCAUCCAAUAAAGAAGAUAAAGAAUCAAAAACUGCCAACGAAUUGGUUACUCUGACGAAAGGACAACCCUUGGUCAUCAAAGGUGCAGACUCUGGCGACAUCUCCGUCAAUGAUAAAGUCGUAUACAGCGGAGACUCGAAAUUGAAAGAAGGCAAGCUUCACAUUGAUUUGAAACAUGACAAGCUGAGAGUCAAUGGUAAUAAAGUCUUCGCUCAAGAUUCCAAUCAACCAAUCAUCACUAAAAGCCCAAAACUCCACGCCAAAAAUAUUAAAGAAUUCGAAAUUAAAGUUGACGAGCAAGGUCAGUUCACUUAUGUGUUGAAAACAUCAUCAACAUAAGUUGUAAGAGUAUCGUUUGAUAUGAAGUAUGCACUCUUGAGAGGAGAUUUUGCAUUUUGUUGUAUUUUUAUGUUUUUUGAAAAUAUAACACGACUUUAACGACGUAGA